AUGGCUAGUGAGGAUAGUUUUUUAGUGCUAGUACACCACAGAGGAUCGAUUAAGAGAAAAACUCGGUCUGGCGUGAAGUUCACUGAUAAGGAUAUUCUAUGUAUUAUCGUGAGCCCAACGACCAGCUACGAUGCUCUCGUUAGCUCCGUGCUGGUGAAGCUUGGUCUGGAAGGAGUGAAAAGGGUCAUGUUUAUUUCUCGUAGGCAGUUUCCCGAGGUCAGGACACCAGAGCUGUUGGUAAAGUUGGUUGACGUCGUAUCCAGCUCGGGUGGGUCGAACCGGAAUGCCAACACUAUAGCCGCGGUGGCCGGUUCGAGCUCGAGACCUGUGGUUGCUUCAUCCUCCGUCCCAGUGUAUGAGCCAGCGAUCCAACUUGCCGCCUCCCCAUCGUUUGCUGUUGAUCUCAGCGGCAACGUUGGAGACGAGGUUGGACAUGGGGAACAUCUUCCGACCGAAGUACAGUGUCCUACACCGGCUGGUGUUGGAGAGGGAUUGUUUGAUGAUCCAGAUGACGAUGAUGUCGAGCCGGAUAUGAUCGCUGAUGAAAGCGGCGAUGAUGUUGGAGACGAAUAUCCUGGCCAGCUUGCUGGAUUUGGCGCUAGAGAUACGGAAGGGUCUACCGGUAUGAUAGAGUUCCAGGUUGGUCAACAAUUUAAGGAUAAAGAUGAGGCGCUGUUGAGUGUGAAGACGUACGUGGGAAAGUGUUCUGAGUUUGGGAAUGGGUGCACAUGGUUGAUUCGGUUGAGUCUCCGGCAACGCAAGGGCAUUUGGAAAGUCAAGCGGUACAACGGACCGCAUACCUGUCUCGCCAAUUCCAUCUCCAGCGACCAUAGGAGUUUGGACUACCAUGUGAUAGCGACAUUCAUUAUGCCAAUGGUUAGGGCUGACGCAUCCAUCAACAUCAAGGUGCUUCUAAAUGCCACGGCUGAACACUUUGGCUUCAGGCCUACAUAUAGGAGGGUGUAG